GUGUGCGCUGCAGCAGAACUUCCGGCCCAAUACAUCUCACGUCCCCUUCUGGGCGGACGUGAUGUAACCAUUAGAGCUAACGUCGCAGAAGCUGGCUUCUCUAUGGUUUCCUUCUCCUCCCCCUCUCUCUUCUUUCGCGGAGACGGGAAAUGGCUGCCGAGCGGUAGAAAGUGGAACGAGAGGCGUCGCCCGGAGCGGGAAUUCAUAUUUGAGUGCAAACUAAGAACUGCAAAUUCCUUCCUUAUUGACAUACAGGAUUGCCAGGAGCUAGAUGAAGCAUACAUAUCACUCCCAUUCUGCAGUCACUCCAUUGGCUUCUCAUCUGUUGCUGGGCUCAAUUAAUGGUAAAACAGUAAAGAAAAAAUGGGUCGCUCUAACACUAGAUCACAUUCUUCAAGAUCAAAGUCCAGAUCUCAAUCUACUUCAAGGUCAAGGUCAAGAUCGCAUUCUAGAAAAAAGAGAUAUAGUUCUAGGUCUCGAUCUAGGACAUACUCACGAUCUCGCAGUAGAGAUCGUGUUUAUAAUAGAGAUUAUCGCAGAGAUUACAGAAAUAAUAGAGGAAUGAGGCGCCCCUAUGGCUACAGAGGAAGAGGUAGAGGAUAUUAUCCUGGAGGUGGAGGUAGAUACCAUCGUGGAGGUUACAGACCUGUCUGGAAUAGAAGACAUUCCCGAAGUCCUAGGCGGGGCCGUUCACGUUCAAGAAGUCCAAAGCGAAGGUCAGUCUCUUCCCAGAGGUCUCGCAGCAGAUCUCGCCGAUCAUACAGAUCUUCCAGAUCUCCAAGGUCCUCUUCGUCUCGGUCAUCUUCUCCAUACAGCAAAUCACCUGUCUCUUCCAAAAGACGUGGGUCAUCAGAAAAGCAAGCAAAGAAAACUGAGGGAGCUGCUUUGCAAUCCAGCCCAUUAAAAAAUAAAUCACAAGAGGAAGAGAAAGGAGCUUUUGAACAUGACCCAUCUGAGACUUUAGAUGACUUCAAUAAAUCAGCAGCUGCUUCAGGCGAUAUUUGGCCUGGACUUUCAGCAUAUGAUAACAGUCCACGGUCUCCCCAUAGUCAUUCUAUUGCCUCCCCACCUAGUCAGAGUUCUUCAUGCUCUGAUGGUCACUUACUUAGCACUGUUCACUCUGCAAAAAACACCCCCCAGCACUCACAUUCCAUUCAGCAUAGCCCUGAGCGAUCUGGGUCUGGUUCCUUGGGAAAUGGUUCCAGUCGCUACAGUCCUUCCCAGAACAGCCCACUGCAUCACAUUCCUUCAAGAAGAAGCCCUGCAAAAGCAAUCACAUCACAGAAUGCUCCACGUGAGGAGACUCGCAUACGCUCUUUUUAUCCAGAGGCUGGGGAACAGGAAAGUGCAAAGGGUGGAAAAUUCUUGAAAAGGUACACAGAUGAAGAAUCCAGAGUGUACCUGCUUGAUAGAGGUAAUGCUAGGGAGAAAGAUACCCAAAAGGAGAGAGGAACAGAAAAAGGCAGGACAGAGGGAGAGAGAGAAUGGGAAGAUCAGGAAGCAUUGGAAUACUAUAUGGAUAAAGAGUCUGGGAAACAAAAAUUUAAUGAUUCUGAAGGAGAGGACACUGAGGAAACGGAAGAUUAUAGACAGUUCAGAAAGUCUGUUCUGGCAGAUCAGGGUAAGAGCUUUGCUGCAUCUCACCGGAAUACUGAGGAGGAAGGCUCCAAGUACAGAUCUAAAAUCUCUAUGAAGACAAAUAGAGAAAAUGAAGGUUUUAGAGAAGAUAAAAGUUAUAAGCUUAAAGAAACAACUAGUUAUGUAGUAGAGAGGCCUAGUGCACUAAAAGAUAAGCACAAGGAAGAAGAGAAAAUAUCUGAGAGAAUGAUGAAGAAAGAAACACAGUCACCUGAGCAGGUAAAGUCUGAGAAGCUCAAAGAACUGUUUGAUUAUAGCCCCCCUCUGCACAAGAAUUUGGAUGCAAGAGAAAAAACUGCCUUCAGGGAGGAGAGCCCACUUAGGAUCAAAAUGAUAGCCAGUGACUCCCAUCGACCUGAAGUGAAACUUAAAAUGGCACCAGUGCCACUUGAUGAUUCAAACAGACCUGCAUCCUUGACUAAAGACAGACUGCUUGCUAGUACACUUGUCCAUUCGGUCAAGAAGGAGCAAGAGUUCCGAUCCAUCUUUGACCACAUUAAGCUACCACAAGCCAGCAAAAGCACAUCAGAGUCAUUUAUUCAGCACAUUGUGUCCUUAGUUCAUCAUGUCAAAGAACAAUAUUUCAAGUCAGCUGGCAUGACCCUAAAUGAGAGGUUCACUGCUUAUCAGAAGGCUUCUGAAGAACAUAGCACCCGGCAGAAGAGCCCAGAAAUUCACAGGAGGAUUGACAUCUCUCCAAGUGCCCUGAGGAAGCACACCCGUUUAGCGGGAGAAGAGAGAGCCUUUAAAGAAGAAACUCAGAAAGGUGAUAAAAAAUUAAAGUGUGACGCUGCUGACCUUCGACAUGACAUCGACCGUCGCAGAAAAGAACGAAGUAAAGAACGAGGAGAUUCUAAAGGUUCCAGGGAAUCCAGUGGAUCAAGAAAGCAGGAGAAAAUUCCAAAAGAUUACAAGGAUUAUAAAUCUUACAAAGAUGACAGUAAACAAAAAAGAGAUCACGACCGUUCUCGAUCUUCCUCAACUUCCUCCCCAUCUUCCUCUUCAUCCAGUUCCCGAGAAGAAAAAGAAUGCAAGAAAGAAAGAGAUGAAGAGUUUAAACCUCAUCAUGAACAGAAAGAAUACUCUGGUUUUACAGGAGUUGGAAGACCUAGAGGCACAUUUUUUCGAAUUAGGGGCAGAGGAAGAGCCAGAGGCGUGUUUGCUGGAAUAAAUACUGGUCCCAGCAACUCAAAUACUGCUUUUCAAAAGAGACCGAAGGAGGAGGAAUGGGAUCCUGAAUAUACCCCCAAAAGCAAGAAAUACUUCUUGCAUGAUGAUAGAGAUGAUGGCGUGGAUUACUGGGCCAAAAGAGGAAGAGGCCGUGGCACUUUUCAACGUGGCAGAGGAAGAUUUAACUUCAAAAAAUCAGGUAGCAGUCCAAAGUGGACUCAUGACAAAUACCAAGGGGAUGGGCUUGUGGAAGAAGAAGAAGAAACAAUGGAAAAUGAAGACAAAGAGAGACGCAAAGAAGAAAAGGAAUAACUCUGAAGAUCUAUUCCAACCGAAAAUUGAUGCCCAUCCACGCAGCAUUUUUAAUAUGACUUAUUGUCGUCAAAUGAAUGUAAGCAUUUUACUUAAAUUUUACUGUUGGAGAGUAGCUUAGAUUUUUGUUUAAAUUCUUUAGUGAUUCAUUAAAUAGUAGUUGUUAAUGAUUAUACAAAAGCAAAUAAAUACAAUGCUAUUUGUCAUGAUUAACUUUUAAAAUUGUUUACUGUUUGUUAUAAGCAAUGUAAUUUUGCUUUGUCCAAAAGAUAUGGAUGAAACCUUGAGAACUGAAAUUCAUUGGCCUUCCACAACUGUGUUUUAUUCUGAAGUAAAUUUUCGGUCUGCACAUCUAAAUCUUGAGGGAGCAUUUUUAAAAUAAAUCAGUACUAAAUCUCAAACUCUAUGCUGGAGUUAAUAUUUUCCUUAGUUUUGUUUGUUUGUUUGUAUGGCUUACAUUUAAAUUGUAGUGUAAUGAUUGCUUGGUCUGAUUUGGGGGUGGGAUACUGAUAUUUCACGUAACAGUAACUCAGCCACCUAAGUAAUUUUGUCAAGAUGUGAAUAGCACUGAAAGACUAAUGGUUUGCAUUUAAGAGCUAUAUACUGAUUGGUGUUGGGAUCUUAUUAAUUAUUUCAUACAUUCACAUUUCUAGACCACGAUGGGAAUUCUCUUCUGAACAGAUCUAGAUCUGACAAGUAGAGCUGUAGCUUAACAGGUGCUACGUUUCUCCGUCCACAUACCCUUACUGCUAAUGGGGAAAUGCCUCAACUGUUUGUGCAACAGCACUAAAAGUAGCUUGACCUUCUGCACACUCUUUUCUAACAAGAAGAUUUGUCCUACAUUCCAAAUGCACGUACCUUUAGGCGUACGACAGAAAGAGGUAAAUUGUAGUGAAAAAGUUACCUUUAACACAAGCAUGCGUCAACAUGUUUCAGUUUUUACAUGCUUAAUAAAUAUAGUCUUCUGUAAAACACUAGCUAUCCAUUUAUAACAUUUAAGCAGAGUGUAUAAUAGUGUGAAAUGGAAUUAUUACUGCAGGAACGUUAGAAGAAGACUCAUUUGGCUUCUGGUGAAAGUGUCGACCAGGAAAUACAUGACAAUAUUGAUCCAGCUACUAUGUGUAUCAUUCUUUUCCCCAGAUUGUAAAAUAGUCUGUUUUUCUCCGAGUUUUCUUUAGUAAAUAACCUGACACAAAUGGGAUAUCUCCGUCAUGUUUUCAGUCUUCAGUGAAAUAAAGAUGUGAAAAUUAUGAAA